GAAGCAGAAGAAGAAGAAGAAGAAGAAGAAGUAGAAGAAGAAGAAGAAGACGAAGAAGUAGAAGAAGACGAAGAAGAAGAAGAAGAAGAAGAAGAAGAACAAGAACACGAAAAAGAAGUUAAAGAAGAAGAAGACGAAGAAUAG